AAGGUGACUGUGCCUUUAAAAGCACUCCGGGCAGUGCGUGGUGUUUAUUCCUCGGCGCACCUUCUGCUCCAUCCGGCUCCAUCAACAGACGAUGCGCCCCGGUAACUUCUCACAGCACCGAACCUGCAGCACACGUAACAGACCCUGAACAACAACGGUCAUCUUCAUAGACAGGUAAUGGAUCCUGUGUGACUGUUUCAACACCAUCCUGCCCAGCUGGCCUUUCUAACUCUGUAGCUAUGGCAACUUGUCCGAGAGGCUGCACCCCAGCGGUGCGCCUUUGUCAGAAACUGAACCGACUCAAGAUACUGGAAGAUGACAUGAUGGCCACGUCGCUGAAACGUUGCCUCUCCACGCUGGAUCUGACUCUGUUGGGAGUCGGUGGCAUGGUGGGCUCUGGGCUUUAUGUCCUGACAGGAACAGUGGCUAAAGACAUGGUUGGGCCCGCUGUCAUCAUAUCCUUCAUUUUUGCAGGAAUUGCUUCUCUACUGGCUGCCUUUUGUUAUGCAGAGUUUGGAGCACGCAUUCCCAAAACGGGAUCUGCCUAUAUGUUUACCUAUGUCUCUGUGGGAGAGAUCUGGGCCUUUCUGAUUGGUUGGAAUGUGAUUCUGGAGAACAUGAUUGGUGGUGCUGCUGUGGCACGUGCCUGGAGUGGCUACCUGGACUCCAUUUUUAACCACGCCAUCCAGAACUUCACAGAGACACACAUUAUGCAGUGGAAUGUGCCCUUCCUUGCCCAUUACCCUGACCUCCUCGCAGCAGGGAUUCUAAUAGUUGCCUCGUUCUUCAUUUCCUUUGGAGUUCAAGUGUCCUCUUACCUCAACCAUAUCUUCUCCGUUAUUAGCAUGGGUGUCAUCCUUUUCAUCCUGGUGUUUGGCUUUAUACUGGCUGAACCAGCCAACUGGAGCCAGAAAGAAGGAGGUUUUGCACCUUUCGGGCUAUCUGGAAUACUGGCGGGCUCGGCCACGUGCUUCUACGCAUUUGUGGGCUUCGAUGUAAUUGCAUCCUCAAGUGAGGAGGCAAAGAACCCACAGAAAGCUGUUCCCAUUGCCACUGCGAUCUCCCUUGGACUGGCCGCGACAGCUUACAUCCUGGUCUCCACGGUGCUCACACUAAUGGUACCCUGGCAUUCACUGGACCCAAACUCAGCUCUGUCAGAUGCUUUCUUCCGCCGGGGUUACAGUUGGGCUGGAGUUAUUGUGGCAAUAGGUUCCAUCUGUGCCAUGAACACCGUGCUGCUCUGUAAUCUCUUCUCCCUCCCUCGGAUUGUGUACGCCAUGGCAGAGGAUGGGUUGUUCUUUCAAAUUUUCGCACGGGUCAAUCCCGUCACCAAAGUCCCUGUCAAUGCUAUAUUGGUGUUUGGGGUCCUCAUGGCCACCAUGGCUCUCAUCUUUGACCUGGAGGCCUUGGUUCAGUUCCUGUCCAUCGGCACCCUCCUGGCGUACAGCUUCGUGGCAGCGAGUGUUAUUGUGCUGCGCUUCCAGCCUGACAAAACCAGCUCCAAGGGAACCGCUUCCACAUCUCCCAACCCUAAUGCUGAGCCUUCCCCUGCCCCCUCAGAGUCUCAGACCAUAACCGAGGACAGCGGGGAGCUGAAGCAGUAUGAGUCCUUCUCUGACAAACUCCAGUUAGUCGAGAGACAGGCGUCGCAAGAGCGGCGCGGGGUGGGGCAGCUGAGGGCCUACUGGGAACCGUACCUGGGCAAGCUGCUGGGGGACUGUGAGCCGGGCGAAGUGGUGGCCUUUUGCGUGCUGUCUCUGAUAGUGAGCUCAGUCUCCCUCUGUGUCGUGCUAGAGUUUGGAAUCAAACAGCUGCAGCUGCCGAUCUGGAGCUUCUCAAUUCUGCUCGUGAUUUUUAGCUCAGCACUUGUUCUCAGCCUGGCGCUCAUAUGGAUUCACGAGCCGCGAACCGACAGUAAAACAUUCCAGGUACCUUUGGUUCCAUUGACUCCAGCUGCCAGUAUCCUCAUUAAUGUAUUCCUCAUGAUGAAGCUCAGCCAUCUAACCUGGAUCCGAUUCUCUGUAUGGAUCGCCGUAGGUCUCUUUGUGUACUUUGGCUACGGGAUCUGGCACAGUAAGGAGGGCAUGCGGGAGCUACAGCCCAAAGACAUGGCCGCCCGAUACGUGGUGCUACCCAGCGGCAGCCUGGUAGAGACAGUGCAGUCUGUCCAGCCCGAUGGACAAGUGGACACCUCUGCGCCGCACAUCAACCCCUCCGCUGCCUCCACAGCUGAGGAGUACGCAGGAAAGAGAUGAUGUGUGACCAAACAUAGUCAUUACUACUGCCUGGUAUUGUCCGUUGUCUCCCACUCAUACCCUCUACUAUUACUGGUGUUCUCUCUGUAGCUCACUCUCUUUUAGCGUGUGACUGGCCUGCCACAGUCUGUACUCGUUGCUCUGCAAAUGUAAGCACACCACAGUGUGGGAUGCACGCUCUCUGUCUCAUUGUGAAGCAUAUUUGUAUAUCUUGUAAUACUCGAAUGUACAGUAGAGAGCUUUAUUACUGUCCUGUAAACUCCUAGCAUCAAAGUUGUGUCAUAUACUUUUAAGACCAGCUUUUCUCUUGCAACCAGUUUGUCAGAAUCCAUGUGGUUAUAGGUUAUAUAUAUAUAUAUAUAUAUAUAUAUAUAUAUACAUACACAUAUAUGUGGUGCUUUUUUUUGUGACAAACUUUUAGUUAAUUAUACUCAGUGGAUGAUUUUUUUUUUUAAAUGCUAACAUGGAUCCGAAGCUGGAAAAUCAACAUUAACCAAAACAGCCAUUUCUGAAUACAUCAUUAUACGAAGCAGCAUUCAUACGUUGCAUGUUUUUUUUUUUUAGCUAAGCAGAGGAAUGCACAGACCUAUGUGAGUUUACAUUUUUUGCUUUUUUCUCACAUUCUUCUCCCCAAAGCCUUAGGAGAAACUACAGGCUCUAAUCAUUAGUCCAUCUCCUACUUUCCUAGACUGCCCUAAAUUAAUAUAGGGGUUUCUAGCAAAUUAUUUAAUCCCAUAUUCUAAGAUAUGUAUUUAUUUUUCUAUGAUUACUAUUGAUAUUUUGCUUUUAUACGAAUCUCAUUAGCUUAUAUUUCUGAGUUUCCUGUUUGUUUUUUUUGUCAAAGUAUUUGUGUUAUAUAUGUUUUGCAUGUACCUCUAUUAGUCUCCAUCAGUAAUUUGUGUUCACCUUUUAAGUGGCUGACAACACUUCAGUGCUUCACUUAAUCUCGUAAAUCUCACCCUGUGACCCUGUUCAUUUUUGUGUCACUGAUCUUGCUCUUGUGCAUUCUUUUCUCACGCACAUUUAGAAAGCAGCUCUCUCUCCAUCUCUCCCCGUUGGUUAGAUUAUUGGGUCUACAAGGCAAGCACAAACCUACUGAAUGGGACACACAGGGUAGAAUAUUGUGCGGACAGGCAGACUUUGGUUGUUAUGUUAAACCUGGGAUGGGCUUUAUCUCUCUGAGGCCUCCGUAAUCCCAGCAGAUUUGCUUUAGUCCCUGUCGCCAGUCUGCAGUUUGACCUAGAUUAGAGAAAGGCACACAUGUGAGAACACUCAUAUUAUACAGAUAACAUUCCCGCAGCCUACACUUGUAAACAACCGUGUCAGUACGUGAGGCUUUAUUUGAAUACAUAGGUAUGGUUUUUAUUCAUAUCAGUUUGUGAUUGCAUGUGAAACCAAUGGCCUUAAACGUGUUGUAAUCAAUGCAGACUGAUAUCCAAAGUUAAAGUAAUCAGUCUUAGUGACUUAGUUGUUACAUUUAUUUGUCUGUUUAAUAAAAACUCUUACACAGGACUUCAUACUUUAUAAUUAUUAAACCAAAACACCAACAUGGAAGAGAAUGUACAGCAGGAGGCAUUUUGGCACAAUUUCAGAGAUUUUUGUACAACUUUGCACUCUAAAAACUAUUGUCUGGUCAUUUUCACAGUUGUGCUUUGGAUGUCAGGGCCAGUUAUAGAUAAUGAUACUGUGGUGCUUUUUUAAGAUGAGCGUUUUCUCACCUCUUUCUCUUGUCUUUUUUGUUGUUGUUAUAAUUAUGUUAGUUAUAAAUUAUCCAAUUUCGUUUCUUACUUCUUAAUAGUAUUGUACUCUGUACUUGCACAUUACGUUCUAAAAUCGUUUUGUUAUAGUGUAUGUCUGUAUCAAAUGCAAAAGACUGUGUUAAAGUGAAAAAAAUAAAUGUUUUGAAGCAG